GGGAUCUGUCGUAUUGUUGAAUCUAUUAAGUCCUUGGAGCCGCUCUUUUGAAGAGGCUCGAAUGCUGAAUCGGUCUUUCUCUCUCUCUCUCUCUCUCAUUUCUUGUUUCUCUGUUUUACUACUCUUUUUCGCCAAUCAUUCCUCCCGUCGGCAAACAAGGCAAGUGACAGCUGUUGUUGUAACGCCGCGUGAAGACACCACCGAGGUCAGCCUUUGAUUUGCCUGAACCCCGCACCAAAUCGUGGCAUUCUCAGCCUAUCGUUCCGGUUAGUCGACACUUUUCUUGUGCUCCGUUCUUUGCCUGUCGCGCCUAUCAACCACCAUCGCCUGGUGGCGUUGACGAGCCUCGGGGAGUCCGACUCUUCCCAAAAGGACCCCCUCUGUCUCACGUCUCGUCUUGCAAGU